AUGCCUCCUCCUCCACCGCCGCCUCCCCCACCACCCCCGGGGUUUGGCGGACCACCACCUCCUCCUCCUCCUCCUCCACCAGCAGCUGCCGCCGCGGCGCCAGGGAGGGGAGCGCUUCUCGCAGAUAUCCACAAGGGGAAGGCGCUGAAGAAGACUGUCACAAACGAUCGUUCCGCGCCCGUAGUAGCCAAAUCCUCAUCAGGGGGCGGCCCGGGCCCGUCGGGGCUCGGCGCACCCCCCAUCCCAGGACUACCGAAAGCACCAGGAGGACUCGCCCCCCCUGUCCCCGGAGCCCGUGCAAGAAGCAACAGCGAUCAGAGUGACGGGGCUCAACCCGCCGGAUCAAGCAUGGAUGGGCCUCCGCAACUUGCCGGUCUCUUUACGGGAGGGAUGCCGAAGCUACGCAAGACAGGCGGGGGUGUUGAUACAGGGGCAAACCGAGAUGCUUCAUACUUGUCAGAUUCGGAGGCUCCUCCGCGAGCUGCUCCGAGACCGCCUGUCGCCGCCGCGCCGCCAGUACCCGGGAGGCCAGCCCUUCCUAACACAAACAGCGCGCCGAGCUUUCCGAAGAAGGGCCGACCACCUCCGGUCGGCAAGAAACCACCGCCACCCCCUCCAGGUUCCAGGAAGCCCUCCUCCACCGUUCCAUCCGCAGCGCCGCCGCCGCCGCCAUCUUUCGCGCCCCCGACCCCAUCACCGUCUGCAUUCUCACCACCUCCAGCUCCUCCACCUCCGCCUCCCGCUGCUGCUCCACGGCCGCCGCCAGCCCCAGCACGCUCACAACCGCCGCCACCUCCACCGUCCGCGUCAACAAGUAACAUAUCUCAGAGCAUUGCCGCGCAAGCAGCCAUACGCGCUGCGUCUAGCGUCGGACCACCUCCAGGAGCCGCACCUCCACCUCCACCCCCUCCCCCGCCAAAUGGACCAUCACGCUCAGCGCCCCCGAUCUCCCCACCACCGGCGCCAGCCCCUCCACCACCACCCUCAUCUGCACCUGCGCCCCCUCCCCCAUCCCUCUCCCACUCCGCCUCGAGCGCAUCAGGCCGCGCAUCCAUGCUCUCGAUGCUAGACCCCAGCAACUUCACGCUCGCACCCAACGGCAGCGGUUCCAAGACGCCAAGCCCAGGCCGCGGUCCUUCGCCGUCGCCUGGUCUCUCUACCUCGUCCGGUGGCGGCGGUGGCGGCGAGCGGUAUGUGGUGCAGGACUCGCGGUGGCGCUUCCAUGGCGAGGAGAACUUCCCCAAACCGAGAAAUUUUACCGGGGGGGCACGCAAGUACCGCGCUGGUAGGGGGAGUAGUGUACCGUUGGAUUUGAGCGCCUUUUAG